AUGUCAGAAACAUUAGAGAAACAACUACCGGUUGUUAGUUUUGAAUCAAAAGAUGACACAAGAAAAUAUAGAUCAAAGAAAAGAAAAGAAAGAAAGAUAAAGAAAGAAAAAGGUGAAAAAGUUAAAAAACUUGAAAAGAGAGAAUAUCAUGAAGAGUCGGAAUCGGAAUCAGGGUCAGACGGUGAUAAUAGUAAUAAGAAUAGAGAAGAAGAACUACCAAUUAAAAAAGUAAAGAAAGAGAUUAAAGUUGAAAGUGUAGAUCAGUCAGAGCGAUUCUCAAGUAUUUUGGGAUCGAUUUUAAAUAAACAACCUACCAAGCAAGAUGGACCGAUUCUAGCGAAAUACAAAAAAGCAGAUCAGCAGUUGGAGGCCGAGCUGAAAGAGGAGAAAGAACUGAAAAAGAAGAUGAAAGAGAAAGCCAUCCUAGAGGAGAAAGAUCAUCGUCCAAUAGAGAUACUCAUUACAUCGUCAGAGAGAGACCUCAUGAAGACUGCGAAGCGUGGUGUAAUCAAGUUAUUCAACGCCGUUGCCAAACAUCAAAAAGAAUCAAAUACAAUCAACAUUGAAGAUGAACCUAAAUUAUCAAAGAAUCAAUUUUUAGAUAAAUUGAAAUCAAAUUCUAGUAAAUCGAGUGUAUCCGUUAAGAAAGAAGAAGAUGAAGAUUCAGAUGAAGAUAACAAUGGACAGCAAUGGGAUGGAUUAAACGAAGAUUAUAUGUUGGAUGCAAAUAAUAACCAAUGGGAAUCAUAUGAUAAUCAAGAAUAG